CCAAGCUUUGCAAACCUGCGGAGACAUUCUGUGACUUUAACAUGUCAUAGUGGAUGGAGGGUUACGAUCCGGAGCAGUGCCCAUGCAGAACGUGAAGGUACACGGACAUGCGCAGCAGCUGGUCGAUUGAAUUGCUCCACAACGAGGGCUACACGCACGUCAUCACCCUGGACUCAGCAAUCACAGAUAGUCCGCUACUGCAGAACAUCAUCAAUGCAGGCCUCAAUCAUAUCCCGUGCAUGGCUCUGGAUGUGGAUGAAGCAAUCACCGAGUUUGGCAACUUUUUGGACGAGCUUUUUGCGCGGGUGAUGAAGCUGCACGACCUUACGGAUUCCACCAAGUCCUUUCUUCGGAGGAUCAUCAUGAAGAAGGGGAAGGAGAAGAUGGAGAAGUACCAAGCGACACACAGGCACGUCGCCGUGGAACCAUUCGAGCAUCUGGUCGUCAAGAGAGAACUGGCGUUCCUAACUAGCAGGUUUCUCAUCUACCCAACGGACAAGGCUCCCAUCAUGUCGGCCUUUGUCUGCAAGAACUUCAUACACAAGCUGGCCUUUCAGAGACUGUAUGGCCCUGAGUUUGCUAGCAUUCUCGCGCCGCCCGCAGCCGUCUUAUCACGCAUUCGGGGCGAACUCUCUGCCUUAUCGGAGCUUCCUGCUGCGACGGCCGCGCUCCCAUAUCUCAUGGAGUACAUUGACGACCUAGGCACUGUCAACAACGCCGUCAUGAAAACCUUUUUGAGUAAGAGGGAAGGCCGACAGGCAGUUGACCCCUGCUGGAUCUACCCGGAUGAGUUCAUUGAGAUCAAGGAGAACACGAAGGUGGAUGGAGACGGACUUGGCCGGGUGGCCAACUUUCUCAGCAUGACCAUCAUGGUCACCUCCCCGUUGAACGGUUCCUACUCCACUACGAGGCAUGACAGGCGCAUUGGACUGGGCUUUGCCCCAUGCAGAUUCAUUUAGUACAAAUCCAACAAAAGCAUCAGGCAAUC